UUACAACAUUAUUCAAUUUACUUGAAAAUGUAAAUGGACAUUGAGGCAACCAUCAAGAAACAAUUCUGCUCCAGGAAUUAUUUUCAUACAAUAGAUUCACCAUUCAGGGUCAGGCCUAUUAUUGCUUGAAGUGGAGCAUGGACACUGGACUUAACUAAGUGGGAAGAGCUGAGAACAUUUAACCAAAGCGAAGGGGGUUGGCAGAGGCUAACACAGGAAUGCACACACUCAGACAGACUUAGACACCCUCUUCUGUCUCAGAGUAUCUCUGCAGCCUUGUGCCUCUCAUUUACAAACAAAUACAUAUACAUCCACCUACUACCCACACACACAUAUCUCUGUAAGCGUACACACAUUUGCAGGCAGUUCUCCCCCAAGAAAAUGCUCUGCUGGGAUUUGUGUUUGGUCCUGCUCUUUACAGCCCUCAUGGUUACAGCAUUGCCACCCACCGGCAUCAAGAUAACUGAAGCGGCUCUGCCCCUGCAGCUGCUCAACCCCAGCCAGCCGGCCUCCUGUCCCCUGUUCUGGACGGAGUUUGAGAGCCACUGCUAUCGCUUCUUCCCCCUCAACCGCACCUGGGCUGAAGCAGAUCUGUACUGUGCAGAGUUCUCCAAUGGGUACAAGUCAGCCAAGCUCGCCUCCAUACACAGCUGGGAGGAGAAUGUGUUUGUCUAUGACCUGGUGAACAGUCGUAUCCCAGGGAUUCCCAUGGAUAUAUGGAUCGGUCUCCAUGACAGACGCCAGGAGGGCACCCUGGAGUGGACCGAUGGCUCUCCGUUUGAGUUCAGCUACUGGGAUGGGAACCAGCCAGAUGACGGGAUCCACCGUAUUUCCACAGAUGAGGACUGUGUGGAAAUUUGGUUCAGACAGAGCAGUGCACUAAGGUCCUGGAAUGACAACAGCUGUGAAAAGACCUUUCCCUUCGUCUGCAAGAUCCCCACACAGGAGAACUAAUCCUGAGGGAGCAGUCACACUGCAUCCUGGUCACCUGCAGCUAGCCCCAGUGCCCCAAGCACUGGACCCCAGCACGAGCAGAAGAAGGCGCCCUCAUUACGCUGGCUCUCCCUCCCCCUCUCUUCCUGCAUCGCCUGAACAGAUACAGCCAGGACAUUAGCCACGCUCUCCAGGGAAGCCACCGAAGAAUCCAUCUAUCCUCAUUUAAAGCUGUGAGUCACCUCCCGGGCUCUGCUACGUCCGAAGCACAUUGCUGUUAUUGCCUUUGCCACUAUUAUCAUCGUAUACGGUUACAUAUUUGGGCUGCUGUCAUGUUUUGCUAUGAAAGAUCAAUCCCCUUUUAUACUUUAAUGUGAGGCACACCUCAGUGCCUAUUCACCACAGGCUGUUGUAGCAGUCUGGCAGGCAGAGGAGUUGGAAACUCCUGAACAGAAUUGAAGAGCUCGAGGAGGAAAGACACCUGGAAGUGAAUCAGAGACAAGGCCUUAUUUCUCUGAACUGAGUGGCAGGUCGGACCUAGCUCUGCCUUCUCUACUUUACCCCCAGCCCAGUCCCUUGUGUGACACUUUAUUGGGAUAGUUGUAGAGGUGUACAAUGCUAAACAUCUGUAGCUAAUGUUCUUUCCAAUAAAGUGAAAACCUUGUUUUUAAUA